UCUCCGUGGGCGCGCGCCCGCCGGGCGGGGCGGGGCGCUGCGGCCAUGCACGCUCGGGCCGCGGAAACCGACCCGGGCGGCGCCGGCGAGUCGGCGGACGGGCCGUUUCCCAACGCUCUCAUGCCGCAGCACGCGCGGCCCAGCGGAGACGCCGACCCUUCUGCGGACGGGCCGAGACAUCACGGCCACACCUUCGUCCUGCGGGUCCCGUUUCCAUCGGCGCUCGACGCCGAGAUUGCCCUUGGAGCGCUGGCGCCGGAUGGAGAGCCUCAUCGCCUUGCGGUUGAAAAGGAUCUUCAUGUUGCGGGGAGCUUGCUGACGGUCUGCUGGAGAGCAGGAAGCACGCGCGUCCUGAGGAUAUCCAUUAUUACUUUUCUGGACCAGCUGUGUCUGGUCGUGCGGACUCUGCAGCGCUUUGGUCCAGCGGCCCCCCGUUAGCAUGGACUGAGCAGUCAACCCCCCUGAAAGCAGACAUUGUGGAAACGAGGAUUUUCGGCAGAGACUAUCAGUGUGCAGAGCGCCGGACUUUUGUCUUCCAAUGACUCAUUUUGCUUCCUGGGCACUUGGUUCUAUACAUGGUGCUUGACUUUUAACAACUCUGGGAAAUAAAACUGACUAGCUACUCCGUGUCUGAGGUUCUUUUCUACUUCCUAGCACCUCCAAAUUGUAGGGAGCCAUAUUUCAAUCCUGGCUCUUAUCUUCAAGUAAGACAGAGCCUGGCACUUCUCAAACAGGGGCCUAAUUAAAACUUCUCUAACAAGGUCGCCGUUACUGACCUUACUGACCUUACCAUUCCAUUAGCCGAUACCCGUGCCUGACAUGAUAGAUGAACAUGUCACAAUCUGUGAUUGACUACUGUUUGUACGGGGUCCGGGCACGCAUACCACUACCUGCCUCACAGCAGGCAAGUAUAAAAUGCUGUAGCUGCCAGUGAAUAAAGCUCUCUCUCUCCUUUUCUCCUC